AUGGAUCUUGAUAAAAAAUCCAAGAAUUCUGGAAAUCUCAGGCAUAAAGUAAAAGGUUCUAUUCUUGAUGAAUUAGGCAAGCAACACGAUAAUUCACGUUCCAUCUCAGGAACAUUAACUGAUAGUUUUCGCAGCAUGAAAUUUUUUAAUAGCUCUAAUAAUAUCGACGAAAAAGAAGAUGACGAUGAAGAGAGUAGUGGAACUUCCGAUAGUAUAGAAGAAUCUGAAGGAACGGAAUCUUCAGACUCUUCGACCACAAGAGUUGAGCGUCAUGAUGCUGCCGCUAAACAUCACAACGAUACUCGACAGAAUUAUAACCGACAGCAACCUGCCGAGGAAGUACGUACAGAGUUAUCACGUAAUAGUGAUUCUGGAUCAAAUAAUUCUGCCCGACGUCUGAAAGUUGGUGCAUCAUCUAUUUUGGAAGAACCAUUAAAUUACAAGAAUAAUAACAACAAUAACAAUUAUUGCAUUAACAAUAAUUACUAUUCUCCACAUGUUGAUUCAAGGCGAGUUUCAUUUGACGAAAAUGCUGAUACUUCAUGGGGUAACGAAUCUGGACAGUUCAAUUAUAGAAGACCAAAUGUACGAUCUAAUAUAUUAGAAGAAAAUACUUCAUCUGUUCGACGCCCGCCUGAAAUACGUUCAGAAAUAAAUUACCGUAGGGAUGUAAAUCAAAAUAUAAUUAAACCGCGAGCUACAAGAUCAGCUGUCGAAUUUAAUAACAAUUCGCACUCUCAUUAUCAAUCAGAAAAUUGUUAUAAUGAUAGUAAUACCUCGAAUACCUCAAAUUAUCAGACACGACAAAAAUCUUUAUUGUCGUCUUCUUUUUCUUCAUAUUCGAAUGUAAAUAAAAAAAAUUCAUUACAUUCCGAGUCACCUUUGCCUGGCAGCAGUUCUCGAGCUUGGUCGGACGUUAUUUAUCGUGGCCCAGGAGCUAAAACUGAAGUGUCAUUUCGAAGUGAACCAGGGUUGGCUGGUAGACGUCCAACUGUCAAAGCUAGUGCUCGUGUGCCAAUGCCUUUUGAAUUACAAGAAUCUAAUAAUUAUCAUUAUUAUAAUGAAACAAAACACAAACCUAAAGUUUCAGUGGAUGCAAUGAUUGAUGUGAAUGAUCUUGUACGACCUCGAAGAAAAGUGGCCGCAUCUGCUCAGAUAAAUCCAGAAAUGGAAAAUUUUUCUGAUGAAGACGAUGACAAUGAUAAUGAGGAAGGAAGUGAGGAUACAGAAAAAGGAGAAAAGCAGAUCGGGAAAGUGAAUAGUGAUGAUGAAAUCUCGGCACUUUCUUCAGACCCCAAAGUUCGAGGAAAACUUAUUGACCUGAAAUCAUCCAAUGCAAAUCUUUUAACUCGUAAUGCAGAUCUUGAAGCAAAAAUUUUGGAACAAUCAGAAACUAUUCAAAAGUUACAUUCACUUGAAUUUGUGGCUAAUGCUCAGAAACAACAAUUGGAAUAUCUUGAAAAAGUUGAAGAAUUGGUGCAAGAUUUAUCUGUAAAAAUUGCUUCACAGGAGGCUGAAAUUGCAGGUCUCAGAGGGGAACUAGUUAAAACUGGAUCAGAAUCGAAAAAGAUAGAACAGCCUAGUAAUUCGAUUUUAUAUAAUCCACGAUUAUUGCCAAUAAAUUCUCUCCCGCGUAUAAUUUAUGAUAGGGUUUCUGAUGAUGUAACUAUAUUAUUUUCGGUAGUCAUGUCCCUUAUUUACACUAUAUAUCUGUUUCCAUUGGUUGUGAUCGCCAAAGCAGUUAAAGAAUUUGUUGACAGAUCAAGGGCGAAAAUCCAAGAAAUUACAGGGGAAACGUCAAAAGACACUACUGUAAGCAUUGUUGAUCUAGAAAGCCAUCCUUCUGAAAAUGAGCCUGUCAACAGCUUACCCUCGGCUGAAGAAGAACACAUACCUUCAGAUCAAAUUGCACACAAGCGUGAUCCUUCAAGAGAGGUCAACCACCGCGCUUCUCUUGUCGCUUCUCGUAUCAGUGCUAUUAUAGAUCCUAAUGUUUUGGGAAGCUGGUUAAGCGCUGUUGGAAACUUUGAUCCUCCCCGCAGAAAGACUCGGAAAACAGCUACUGUCGUUGAUUAUAGUAGUGUAAGAAGAGGAAUAAAUACAAUCGGCCGUAAACGAGGAAAUGACAUUUCAAAUUUUGCUAAGGAUGGUGAAGGUCAAGAUUUAGAAAGUGCCUUUAAAAAAUUUAUGGAUGAUCUAGGAAUUCCGAUUGCUAAACGUAAGGAAAUGAUGGAAUUGCCAGAUGAUAAUAAAAGGAUGAUAUUAUUACAGAAUAAACAAAAUCAAGCUUUCAAAACAAAUAGUCAAAGUGAGCAAAAACUUGUCAACGAAUAUAAUGAUUUAGAUGAUUCGGGAAUUACAGAUUCGAGAAAUAUGAUAUCUCAAAAUAUUGUCGAUAUUAAACCUGAUCCGGAACCUAAACCCAGUAAAAGAUUUUCUUUAACUUCAUGGACGAGCCUAGAAAUUUCAGCGACAUCUUCAUCUUCCGUGACGACGGAAGAAACAAUUCAAUCGCCGACAUCUGGAUAUGCAGGUAUCCUUAAUUGGUUCGGAUAUCACGCAUCUCCUCAGAAAUCCCAAGAUGAUCCUGAAUUUUACGUGGAAAAAUUAACCCAAAAGAACAUAUCCCCAAAAUCUUUGUCAGAUCAUCUCUUAAAACUACGUGUCACUUUGUCUACUGCCAAAUUAUCAUGGAUUAAAGUAUUUCUUGAACAUAAAGGUCUAACAGCACUAGAAACUGCUCUAGAGAAAAUCACUAUCAAUGCGAGGAAAAAUGCAAAACAUUCUGAUCACGACGAUCUGAUUCAAUUAGAGUGUAUUCGUUGUUUGCGUGUUUUAAUGAAUACCGAGCCUGGUUUUGGCAAAGUCUUGGAAUCCACCUCGCUUAUAUCCAAUAUUGUUUUCUGUCUAAAUACUCGUAACAAUAGACUUCGGGCACAAGUUGCUGAUAUUUUGGCAGCUUUAUGUGUUUUAUCUUUGGAAGGACAUAAACACGUUCUCGGUGCAUUAUCAGAUUUUCGUAUAAUAUAUGAAGAAAAGGAAAAAUAUCGAUUCGAAUAUUUAAUUGCCACAUUAAAAGGAAAUGAUACAGAAGACAGUAGCUCAAUUGAAUAUAAGGCUGCUUGUUUGAGUUUAGUGAAUGCGAUUGUAAAUUCUCCAGAAGAAGUAGAUCAGCGUGUAUUAUUAAGAGAAGAGUUUGAGCGAAGAGGAAUCGAAGAAGUUUUUGCCACAAUUAAAACUUCAAAUCCUCCAGAUUGGUUAAUGACUCAAAUUAAAGUUUAUGAAGAAGAAUAUCAAGAAGAUUUGGAUGAACUUAGUGAGAAAGUACAAGACAUUAUAAAGGAUACAAGUGAUCCUCGCACAAGGAUACUUGAUCUAUUAAGACAAGUGGAAUAUAACGAAGGACUUUUUCUGCGUAUCAUUGAAAUUUUAAAAAAAUUGAUAAAGGUUGCUUCAAAACAUUCGAAAGAUCAAAAUAUUUUUACUCUCAUAGAAGAAUUCAUCGACAAUAUUCAAAAUGUGACCGAUAUUAAAGAAGACUGGCAAUCAACUAUGAACUCUUUUAAUUCCUGCAUUCAAGAUAUUGUGGGAAAUCGCUAUAUAAUUGUUAAAA